AGAAAGGGAGAGAGGGUGAAAGAGAAGGGAGGGAGACAGUGAGGGAAUCACGUGAUCGUGUAGCAGCUGCAUGACUGAGAGGGCUGUUCCUGGAGGAGCGAGAACAAGACCGAGAGAACGAGAGAGAACGAGAGAUAGAGAGAGCAAGACAGAGAGGGAAUGAGAGAGAGACGGAGCGUGAAGAAGAAAGAGGGAGAGUGUGAAAGGGAAAGAGAGCGUGAGAGAAAAGAUUAUGCCAACAGGAAGAACAGGGAGCCGGUAUGAACCAUGAGUCAAAGUCGCGGUCAUUAGGAAUGAUCUCCACUGCAACUCGCAACACGGCGACGGUCAGCCCUCUUACCCCGCUAGCCAACGGGAGUGUGGCUGCUCACUCCGGAUUCGCUGCCGCUCUCCGUCAACUGGCUAAACAGGCUGAAGACCCCAGAGGUUCUUCUCCCAAUAGUGAGUCUCCAGUCUCCUCUCCAGCCACCAGUCUCAGUUCUCCAGUCAACACUCCUAAGAGGGGGUUGUCAGGACCACUCCAGACCCCAAUUCGGGGACACGGCCUUCCCUCCAUCCCUUCUGUAGUCACUAUCGCCCCCACUCCCACCAAGAGCGGCAGCAUUCUCUGGAGAGGAGAAGGGCGCCAGGCUGAGUUGGGUGUUCUGGGGGUGAGUAGGGAGCCUGUGGGGUCUGAGCCCAGCCUUCCCCAGGAGAAAGGGGCUCAUCGUGUCCUCUCACCUCACAUCCUGGCUCACCCAUCCUACCCCUUCACCCUCACCCCCAGCUCUGUCAUGCAGGACCGGCGACUACAGGGCCUCAGUCUACCUGGUCUGGUACAACCUGCAGUUCACUCAGGGGCGGUCCAAGAGGAGUACCUAAGAGGACUACGCCCCUUCGCCACCUCAGAUGACCUCCGCCUGCGCUCACUGCCCCUGGGGCUCGACCCCACCACUGCUGCCCACGUUACUGCUGCUGCUGCCUACUACCACCCUGCCUACCUCCACCACCUACACAGGAUGGAGGAGUCUUUGUGUCUUUCUGCACUACGGUCUCAGUUCUACUCUGUACCAGCAGGGGGGGCCUUCCCUCACCUCCACCCCUCUGCCCUCCACAUGCAACUGCCUGGGGCACGCUACCCUGGGGAGUUCAGCCACACACACAGUGCACUGGCUGAGAGAAUACAGAUGGAGGAAGAGCUUCGCCAACGAGAGAGGGAGCGAGAGCAUGAACGAGAGAAACAGAGGGAGCGAGAGCUUGAACGGGAGAGAGAGAGGGAGCGGGAGAGAGAGAGGGAGACAGAGAUGGAAAGACAGAAGGAUAGGCAGAGGGAGAGAGAGAGGGAGAGACAGAUGGUGAGAGCGGUGAAGAGCCAGUACCUUGCUGGGCUGAAGGCUCUCACGGCUCUGCCGGAGGACAGGGUCAGACCUGGGGAGAGGCUGACACCUAACAGACUGGAUAAGCCCACCCUCCCUGCCCUCCCAGUACCUAAACCUCUACAGCCAGGCCUCCAGUCAGCCCCUCACCUCAUGCCCAGCCUGGUGCCCUCUCAGAUGGGGAACAGACACACUGCCUCAGCCUCUUCCGGGGGGCUCCAUGGAACACUGCUCUCUGCCAUGAUGCUCCAACAGGCCAAUGGGGAGGAGCGCAGGUUGGCACGUCAACGCAGGCAGGGACAGGAGAGGGAGGUGUGGCCACCUGGGGAAGGGGUGGAGCCUAGGAGAGACAGCUACAGAUCCAACGCCAGCCAACGUGACACAGGCAACAGAGAAUCUCAACCUCACCUAGGAGCCCCGCCUCCACUCAUCUCACCCAAACCUCACCUCCUCCCCCACCCCCCUGCCCCUUCCACCACCCUCUGGAACCCUGCCUCCCUCACUGAGACCCCCCCAGACCCCCGUUUCAGGUUCGACUCCCCUGUUCCUCCAUCUCGCUCCCCUCCUGAUCUGACCAGAAUCAAGCGGUCCCCCAGCUGGGAGAGGGGGGAGGAUGGGUGUAGGAAGAGGGGAAGGACCCAGAGAGGCUCUCGUCUGUCAGGGGACCCAUUCUGCAGGAGCCUGGCCUCUGGGGCUGGGCUGAGCUUGAAAGAUCCACCCACAGUCUCCACCACCAUAACCACCUCCACCAGAGUGGUUCGCUGUCCUUCUCCUCCCCCAGCCCCAGCUCACCUAGGGGUCCAGCACCACGCCAGCUCCCCAUCUCCCUCCAUGGACCUCCAGAGGUCUGAACGGCCAGGCCAGGAGCCUCAGAACCCAGUGGUGUACGAUGAGAUCCUCCAGCAGUACCGCAGGCUGGUCAGCAAGCUGGACCUGGAGGAGAGCAGGAGGAGAGAGGCCAGGGAAGGAGGGUAUGACUAUGAUCUAGAUGAGUGGUAUGAUGACAGUGAUGAGGAGGAAGUGAGGGCCCACCUCAGAAGGGUAGCAGAGCAGCCCCCGUUAAAACUGGACACAUCCUCAGAGAAGGUGUGUUUCCUGCGUGUCUGUGGCCUGACCACGCUGGCCCAUCGUGACCAGCUGCUUCAUCAGAAGAGGAGGAAGAGGAGGAGGAUGUUGAAAGAGCGCAGCAUCUCCCCUCCAGCAGUACGAGGCAAGAGGAAGACCUCUCCGCAUCCUGCGGCACCCGCUCCCACCCUCUGCACCACUCUCACCCCAGAGGAGAUGAAUUGCUCCCCUCACCUGGAGGACAAGAAACACUUCCUCAACAUGUUCAGCCUGUCCCAUGUGACCAUCCAGCAGAGGAGAGAUAAGGAGAAGAUGGAGGGGUUGUUGAAGGCUAUAAAGCUGAAGAGUGUGACGUUGGACACCAUCAGAUACAACCCAUUACCCCUCUGUAGAAGCCCCCCUGUUUCCCCAACUGGCGAAUCAAACGGACUCCACUACCAAGACUCCCCAAGCCCCUCGCCCUCCUACCCCCACCACCCCAACAACCUCCAUAGAGACCCACUAAAACCAUCCACCCCUCCACCCAGCCAACCGCCUCCCCUGGCCCCCGACCCAAACAGGAAAGGACUGGGUGGAGGUCACCCAGCUAAGAGGCUCCAGUGCCUCCAGAAUGGAGGAGGCCACCCUGGCCAUCAUCCUCAACAGAAGGUGCCCCUGGCUGUGCAGAACGGGCAGAACAUAACCUGGGAAAGAUUCAUCCCGAAGGACUUCCACCAGUCUGUGUUGCAGUCUACCCACAAGACACUGAGUGGCUCCACCUGUGUUCCAGAGUCCAGUAUAAAGUCUGAGCUCUCAGUGCCCUACAACAUCCCCCCACUGAAGAGACCAGUCCUCCUCAACACAUCCCUACACCCCACCAACGGGCAUCACCCUUACCCCUCUCCAGCCCACCAUGUACACCUUGGCGUACGUUAUGAGCUGUCAGAGGAAGAGGAUGAGGAUGAGGAGGAGGAGGAGGAGGAGGGAGAAGCCCCUAGGAAGUGGAGGGGCAUAGAGUCAGUCUUUGAGGCGUAUCAGGAGUAUGUGGAUGAGCGGUGUAUGGAGAGACAGGUUCUUCACAGUCAGUGCCGGAGGCUGGAGACUCAGAACUACACUCUCAGUCUGACAGCUGAACAACUCUCACACAGCAUGGCGGAGCUGGUGAGUCAGAGACAGAGGGUGAGAGAUGAGAGAGAGAGGCUGCAGGCUCAGCUGGAGCACUUCAGGAAGUGUCUGACCAUUCCCAACGUGCACUGGGGCAAGGGGCAGGCCAAAGGUCGCCCCUCCUCGGUGACCCCCUGCCCCGCUGCAGACCGACAGACAGACCGACGACCGAUGACUGAUGGAGUGAGAGAGGACACUGAAUUGGUUCCCAGUCAGAGGCAGAGGGGGAAGAGAGCUCUGGACUGGGAAGGAAGACAGGAUGAUAGAAAGGGAGGAGGGAGAAAAGGAGGACAGGCCCUGUAACCUCACAUGCCACUCUCUUUGUCGUGUGGUCAGACUCACCACUGGUGAAAGACUGGUAGUCUAAAAGCUAGAGGACAUAGAUACAUAAGGGUAUGGCAUAAUAUUGGGACACACUUUAACCAAUCGUAGACGUUGGGAUGAAUACAACGAGCAGUCAUAUGUCCUCCCUUUCUCCCUCUAUGGUCUGGAAGGGUUUGGAAGUAACCAAUAGCCAGCCAACCAACCACUGAACUGAAAGGACUUGAAUCAGCCAAGAUGCACUUAAAGACCUAGAAGAGCUACUAGUGAUCAUACUAGUGACAGUACUGUUGAAACUACCUAGAACUAAACACUGUGUUGUAGAGCUUUUACUAUUCUGGAGCUUUUUUCACUUGGGUUCAUGAAGAGCAAAAACACAGGUGCAGAAUAUUUAAGACAGUGUUUCUAUAAGGAAAUAACUGGAGGUUUUGAAAAAUCUAUUUUUAAAUCAGGUUAAAUACAUUUUUAUCGGAUUUAGAAGUCUCUGUUAUGCUUUUAAUAAUUAUGCCAUUGAUAAUGUAAAUUGCCUACCUAUUAAGCCAGAAUGUUGUAUGUUUUAUUAUUUUAAUUAUUGUUAUUUAAAAGCCUGCUUUAGAAUAAACAUUUGGGGUAAAAACAAGAUGCUUGGGAUAAUUUUGUGCUGUUGCUGGCCAGUUUGAAAUAUUUAAAGAGAAGUAAACAUUUUAGAAGCGCUGUAUGUUAAAGGGGCUCCAUAAAAGUUGUGUACUGUGUCAUCGCGUAAUUGCUCUCGAGCCCCUGCAGCUGUGCACAAAGACAUGCACGUGCUUGGGCUUACUCUACAACGUCAUUGGACAAUGCCAUGUAAAUCUGAUCCCACUUUUAACAGUUUGGGGAGGUGAGAAAGAAGUACCCUGGAGCUGGUCCUUUCCGUUCUGCCGCCCUAGGUGAAACCAGAAAAUGCUGCCCCCUGCAAAACUAGAAUAAUCCCCGUAAGCAAAAUUACAUUGAAAAUAAGUAUUUUCUAGACGUUGUAGUUAGGGUAAAUGUAGGUUCUGAAUAAAAGGUGAAAAUGUAUUUUUCGUAUGUUUAAAAUACAUAUUUUCCAGGAUGUUGAAAAGGCGUGUUUUCUGGACGUUGAAAAAUAUGUAUUUUCCGGACGUUGAAUUCAGGUACAUUUUUGGUUUUAAAUUAAAGUUGAAAAGAGGUCAUUUAUAGACGUCUAUGUUUGGCUCAAAUCAAGGCUGGGCCAUAAAUGUAUGUCUGUGGCAAUCAAGGCUGGUCCAGACUGCACCAAAAAAAGAUGUCCAAAAGGUGUCGCCGUCGGUCAUUGCUUACUGAGGUGUAGCCUGAAAUUGAAUUUUAUGAAUGUCCAUCUAUGUGGUAAACCUACCCUUUAAAAUAAAAAAAAAGACAUCCAAAAGACGUUGGCUCGUGCUUACUGGGGUGUAGCCUACCAUGUCAGCCACAAUGGAAUGUUAUGUAUGCCCAUUCAUGUGGUAGGCCCACCGUUUGUAAAACAGGCCGAUGCAUUGGUUUAAUUAGUUCUGAUACCUGUGACCAAUCAAUUUGGCUAUUUAAAUUCUGUAUAUCAGCUACUCAACUUUAUCAGGAGUUAUCAUGAGCCUGUUUGCAAUGUGUUUACAUGGCGGGGAAAGCAGAAUGAUUUUCUUUUUCACUAUGAUCAGCUUGUACAGAUACAAACUUUAAACCAUUGAUCAUGACAAAGGGGUGAAACUCCUGGACAACAGCUGUGAUUGUCCAUUCCAUUCCGUCCAUUUUACUUUGUUUGACCUGUCCUGUUUUUAGGAUAUGUUGUUUGUUAAAAUUACAGUACAUAUUUUAUUUGAUUUAGCACCAUUUAGGUUAGUUAGGCAAUUUGAUCGGAGAAACCUGCAUGAUGUAAAAAAAACAUUUAAAAAAAAAGUGUCCGUCUCAUUACAUUGUCUUACAUUUUAUCUCCAUUCUUUGGCCUACAGAAAUGGCUACAUACCCUGUCUACCAUAUCCUAUAUCUGCUACAUGAUUUACGUUAGUUUUUUUGACGGAACGUUAGUGGAGCGCGGCAGCGAUGAGUCUCUCCAACAGCACCCUGGAGAGGCACGCUGGGAAUGAGGAAGCAAAAUAUUGUUCGCCCCUACCUUUGACAAAGUGGGCACGGUUUAUCACAAUGCGGAAUCAGCGAUCACCUAAAUAUCCCAUAUGCCACUGGUUGAGAGAAAUUGUCAUUGUUUUUGGUCAGAAUUAUGUGAGGUUUUAUGUAUUGUUGCCGUCCUCGUCAAUCUAGCCUAAUCCCGCCUAAUGAGCGGGCAGAUGGCUGUGCGCUGGAGGCGGGGGACACGAAGGGUAAUAUUUCGAUAAUGAUAGCUAUUUUAUCUUCUUUUAAGCUGAGUCCCAGCCACAAUCACCCCAUAACCUGUCUGUCAUUGAGCCAUCUUCUGCCACAGGACAGAAAUGACAAAUAAAAGUCACCCAGCUAAUUGUAAACAGAUGGUCCCCAUGCUGACACAGGUUUACCACAGAGACCUACUGCACAUUUUAGUAAUGACGUGUCAUCUCUCUACAUCCUAUUGACUUUAGAGGAACCUCAGCCCUUUCCAUUGCAGAUACCCAGUCUAACCCCAAAGUCUGCCCGCUCUACCUCACGCCUAACCUAGCCUACCUACAGUAAAUAACCACUAUCUGCCCUUCCCCCACAAUAAAUGAAAAACAAAACAAAGACACAUUCUGUGAAAUCAUGUUUCUACCUGCUCUAGUUAAUCUUUUGCUUGUAGGCAGGCCUAUGAUGUAAUAUAUAUUUAUGGAAAUAUUGCUGUAAUUUUCUGAUGAAAAUGCAAAUAAAAUGUUUGUAUAAUUUAGAAUUUGUGUAGAUCAAUGUCAAUGGGACUUACCUGUAUAAAUAAUCCUUUUGAUCAAU